CGCGUAGAAAUUUUAGGAAACCGACGACAGCAAGGCAAGGGGGAAGUUUUCUGAGGCCGAGAGAGGGGAGAGAUCAAGACACCGUUGCUAAGGAAGAAGAGAGAAGAUGUGUUGCGAGUGCGACUGUGAGUGCCGGCCUCUGGGCUUCCUCCUGGGCCUCCCCUUCGCCUUACUCUGCCUCCUCAUCUCCAUCGUCGGCGUCGUCGUUUGGAUCGUCGGGUUGUUGUUAUCGUGCAUAUGCCCCUGCUGUCUCUGCGUGACCGUGCUUGUGGAAGUGGCGCUGGAGCUGAUCAAGGCGCCCAUCCACGUCAUGGAAUGGUUCACUUCCCAAAUCCCCUGUUGAGACUCGAGAGAGUGUGGGCGCAUCGCCCUCGCCGAUUCCCCUUCCCACUUUGCUCUGUUUCCCAGUUCUUUUCCUGGUCCGAUUGAUGUAAGUGUGGGUUAAGGGUGGUGGUCGUGAUCUCUUGAUUCUUGUCAUUGUUAUUGGUGAUGGUGAUGGUUGGUAGGCUUUGUUUGUGUAUUAUCAGAUAGUGAAAGCAUAUUUUGUUUCCAA